AUGAAUAAAGAACAGGCAGGAAAAUACCAGGAGCGGAGCCUGCGACAGAAGUACAAUUUGCUACAUGUGUUACCAACAUUGAAUUCCAGAGCGUUAUCGGGACUAUACUAUAAAAAUUUUCAUAAUUCCGUGAAACGAUAUCAAAUCACACUGCCUGAACAACUAAGGAGUGGAAAGUUUUGUUCUCAUUGUGGAUGUGUUUAUGUUCCUCAUUUCAACGCAAAACUCCAGGUGACGACUAAUGCCGAGCAAGACGAUGACUCCGAAAAACUUGACGACGAGGGUAUGAAAGAACCAAAAAUAUGUAUCAAACUUAAUUGCUUAAAUUGUGAAAAGUCUACAUUAUUUGAGUGGAAAUCUGAGCUGGUUGAUCCAGCAUUUGAACAAGAUGCUAAUUCUAUGAUCAACAGUACAAGCAGCAGGAAAACUUCGUACGCAGUAAAGAAGCCUCAAAAGGGUAAAAUCAGUGGCGGUAAGGACAGAUCCAAGAAGAGAAAGUUGAAUUCGCUCACAAAUCUCUUAUCGAAAAAAAAUCAGGAAAAAAAAUUGGAAAAGAAGAAAAGUUCAUCAAUGUCAUUAGAAAGUUUUAUGAAAAGUUGA